AUGGCUGCAACCAGGGCCCUGCCUGCUGGGUUUGGGGAACUCGAGGUGCUGGCUAUGGGGACAGUGCUGCUGAUGGAAGCGCUCUCUGGCCUCAGCCUCAAUGGCCUGACCAUCUUCUCUUUCUGCAAGACUCCAGAUCUGCGGACUCCCAGCAACCUGCUGGUACUGAGCCUGGCCCUGGCAGAUAGUGGGAUCAGCCUGAAUGCCCUUGUUGCAGCUGUGGUUACUGUGCUCACUGUUUCCCACAGGCGCUGGCCAUAUGGUUCAGAGGGCUGCCAGGCUCAUGGUUUCCAGGGUUUUGCAACCGCACUGGCCAGCAUCUGUGGCAGUGCAGCCAUUUCCUGGGGUCGCUACCACCACUACUGCACCCGUAAACAGUUGGCAUGGAACACGGCCAUCCCUCUGGUGCUGUUUGUGUGGCUAUCAUCUGCCUUCUGGGCAUCCCUGCCCCUGAUGGGCUGGGGCCACUAUGACUAUGAGCCUUUGGGAACAUGCUGUACAUUGGACUAUUCUAGAGGUGACAGAAAUUUCAUCAGUUUCCUCUUCACCAUGGCAUUUUUCAACUUCCUUAUUCCCCUUUUCAUCACACUCACUUCAUACCGACUCAUGGAACACAAACUCUCCAGGAGUGGUCAUCUCCAGGUGAACACCACUCUACCAGGCAGGAUGCUGCUGCUGGGCUGGGGCCCCUAUGCCCUCCUGUACCUAUAUGCAGCCAUCGCAGAUGUGAGCUUCAUCUCUCCCAAACUACAGAUGGUGCCUGCUCUCAUUGCUAAAGCCAUGCCCACAAUCAAUGCCAUCAACUACGCCUUGCACAGUGAGAUGGUCUAUAGAGGAAUCUGGCAAUGCCUAUCGCCACAGAAGAGCAAGCAGAAUCGAAUCCAGUGA